AUGGGUGGUGACGGGGGAGGAGAUCCACAGGAGUCGUCUGCGGCGGAGGCAGGCCGCAGCUUCGCCCAGAGGGGGUGCUGCUACUUCUGGGCUCCUUGCUUCGGUUCCGGCGGCGCCACCGGCAAUGCCCACCACAGCGGCGCCGCGGGCGGGUGGGAGAGGAUAGCCGUAUCGCGGGAGCUCUCUUUGAGCUCCUCAGGCGAGCCCUGGUGGCGGAGGGCCCUGAUGAGGGUCCGAGAGUGGUCGGAGCUGCUGGCAGGGCCCCGGUGGAAGACCUUCAUCCGGCGGCUCAACCGGAGCCCCCGCGGCGGCGGGAAGGUGGCGAAGCUCCAAUACGACCCACUGAGCUACGCCCUCAACUUCGACGACGGCGGCAGUGGCGGGGAGCCCUCUGACGGGGAGCUGGGCUGCCCAGAUUUCUCCGCCCGGUUCGUGCGGCCUCCUCCGCCGGUGGGCAGAGCCUCCGUCGACCUCGGCUACGCGGAGGCACCGCCGCCUGUCUUCCUCGCCGCCUAA